UGGCUGCGGGAAACUUCACCCUCUGCCGUGACGCUCGGAAAUCCAAGAUGUCUUGUUGGAUCUGGCAUUUUGGUGAGCCACUAUCUGCAGUCCAUCACACCGGCUCUGGCUAUGGGUGGAGAACUGGUGUACCACAGAAGACCUGGGGAGGAAGGGGCCGUCACCUUCCUGUUGGGCAGGUACACAGGGGACAACUUCAUAGCUACAUUGACUUUGGGAGGAGGAGGAGCGCAUGCUACAUACUAUCACAAAGCCAAUGAUCAGUUGCAGAUAGGAGUUGAAUUUGAAGCCAACACAAGGAUGCAAGAAACCACGGCGUCCUUUGGUUACCAGUUGGACGUUCCCAAAGCUAACUUGCUCUUUAAAGGCACGGUUGAUAGUAACUGGAUGGUUGGGGCUACCCUGGAAAAGAAACUGCUGCCGCUGCCCCUCUCUCUGGCUCUCGGUGCUUUCCUCAACCACCGCAAGAACAAGUUCCAGUGUGGCUUUGGUGUCACCAUCGGCUAGCGGUGCGGCGGCGCCUGGAGCCACAGCUUGGACCAGCACAGAGACACACCGGAACCUGGACUAAGUUUUAGAAAUUGGAUUCAGAGACUCUCUUACACAACUGUGAUUUCCCGGGGCAGACAGAGAGACAAAGAUAACUACCAAGGAGCCAGAACUGGCCAAGCCAUGCCUACAUUGUGUAGCACAAAUGUCUUUCCUUUUAUGGUGUAUUCCAUAUACCCAGAGGCUAGAGCGAUGUAUAACAGAGGGCAUCAGUGAUGCAUGAGAACAUGUGAUGUGAAAAUCAAAGUGGUUAGACAUAAUAUAUUGUGAUCAUGUAAGAUGAUUCAAAUAAAUGUGAUUACUUUUUGUAAAA